AUGUAUCUAUGCAUGUAUGGACGUACGUGCACUGGGGCAUCAGAAGUGUAUGUACCUUGGCCACUAGCACGGUGGGUGCAGAAGCAGAAGGGCCAGCCACGAGGCGCAUGGUGUCGCUUAAUAAACCAUCUACGUAUGGCAGAGCGACCAGCUGUGGAGAGGUAUCCACAAAAAGCAAGAAACCGAUAUGUACGCAAUCGCGAUGGGAUCGCGUCGGGGUGUGUGGAGACAUGCGAUGCGUGCUUGGGGUCGAAUAGACCUCUUGCCACUCUUGCAUAG